AUGGUUAUCAUCUGCUUCUGUGGCUAUCUAAUCUAUCCUGAAUUGCCCAGCCCAUUUCCAUCCCCGCUCCUACCCUUUUCCCAUCCACUAAACAUCCCACCUUUGGUGAUCGCAAUGCACUGGACCUUGCUCUGUCUCGUUGUUUCCCCACUACUGAUAGCCUCUGAACAUGGUUUACCUAAAUUUAUCUGCAGUCCUAUGCCAUUGGAUAUGGAUAGUGGUUGCCAGUCAAAUGGCCAUCAACGACAUGGAGGUGCAGCUAAUGGUGCAGGCAAUGGCCAUUGGGUGGGGACUCUAGAAGAAGCUAAGGAAACCAUCCUGCAUCUGAGGGAGACAGUGGUGCAUCAAAAGGAAAUGAUCCUUGACCAGAGGGAGACCAUGAGAGAACUGAUAGCCAAGCUGGGCCGCUGUGAAACUCAUUCCCGGAGGCAUAGUGAACAUCAUGGAAAUCAUCAGGAAGAGAAUCAUAACCAUAAGCACGGCCAUCAUGAAGGUGGGUAUCGGGGCCAUCAUGACAAUGGCCAAAGGGGACAUCAUGAAGAUGGCCAUAGGGGACACCGUGACACUGGCCAUCGAGAUCUCCAUGAAGGCCACCAUGCCCAAGAGAAUGAGCAUCAUCAGACUGCAGAACCAGGGAACCACGAACCACAAGUCAGGCACAACAUUCAUGAUUCUUCUCACAAGGGAUCUACAUCUGCUCAGGCUAAUGCUAUGGAAGAUCCACCCAAUGAGGCAUCUGCUGCAAUACAUCAGAUGGAGAGAAUGUUGAAAUCCCUGAAGGAGAGACUGGAGCACUUACAGCACAACUGGAAUAGUUCAACCUUCCCCACCUCCAUGUGGGAUACGCUUCAGGAAAAGAUCAGCAUGUUGGAGCAUCAGAUCCAUGAGAAAUCCAACACUUCAGAACAUCAGACGCACAGCGUACCGAAAGCAACGGGGAUGAGACAAAGGCAUGCUUCACAUGGACGCACGAUGGAGAAAGUGCACUGCCAUGUUUCUGCUUUCUUCUGUCCUCCAGGGAACAAGGCAGAUAAGCACUCCGAACAUUUUCAUGUGGAUUUCCCCCUUCGCACCAACUACAUGUAUAUCAAGAUCAAGCGCACUCUGCAACGUGAAAUCUUUGCCUUUUCCAUCUGUCUCUGGCUCAAAUCAACUUCAUCCCCAGGGAUAGGCACACCUUUCUCCUACUCAGUGCCCAACCAAGCCAAUGAAGUGGUGCUUAUUCAAUGGGGAAAUAACCCCAUGGAGUUGCUCAUCAAUGAUAAGGUUGCCGCUUUGCCAUUAGCCGUUAAUGAUGCCAAAUGGCACCAUAUCUGUGUGACAUGGUCAACUCGGCAUGGCACCUGGAAAUCUUACCAGGAUGGUGUCCAAAGUGGGAGUGGGGAGAACCUGGCUCCUUGGCAUCCUGUGAAACCUGGAGGUGUUUUCAUACUAGGCCAGGAGCAGGACACUCUUGGUGGGCGCUUUGAUGCCACUCAAGCUUUCAUUGGGGAAAUGUCAGAUUUCAACAUGUGGAGCUAUGUUGUGACACCUGCUGAAAUUUAUAAGAUGGCAACCUGCAGUAGCUCCAUUGGUGGUGAUCUUAUCAGUUGGACUGAAAACUCUAUAGAACUUCAUAGAGGAGUGAUCAAACUACCAUAUAAUGCCUGCCACUAAAAAUCAACCAAAGAAACAUGGACAUAAUAUUCUCUGGAAGAGAAAGAUACCAAAUGGUUAAAGGCAAAGCAUGGGAGGACCUCAAGAUUUAUUUCAUACAAUGGUGAAAAGGGUUGGGAAUUCAAAAUUUCCAGGUUCCUUAACAAAAGAAUGGGGGCCUUUAUGUUUGGGAUGCAUGCAACAAAAAGAAAAUGGGUAUGUAUGCAGCAUCUAAUGGCAGGAAAAUCUUAAGAUCCAGAAAUACAGUGAAGUAUAAUUUGGAAUAUAUGUUUUAUGAAGUUGAGCAAUUUUCAAAAUAAGGAACAUUCCCACCCAUGAUAAACCUAUACUGUGUAUUGGGAUUUUCUUAAUGUAGGAGCAGGAACAAAAAAAUAAAAUUCCUCAUGAUGACAAUAUGGCCAAUAGGACACUUCAUUCUCAAGGCCUUGAUGUGUAGCAUUGGUCCAUUAGGAAGAUAUUUAUGAUAGGUCAAAAUCCUAUUUUUGACUAGUAGUUUUCUACAGUAACAUUUGAAAAUAUGUAAGGGAGGAAUGGGAAAAAGGAUUUGCUGGUGUUUUUUUUUUCAGAAUCUUUAGAGAAAUAGAUGAACACCUUACCAGGUAAAUUGGUUGGAUGAUGCCCGACUGUCAUGUUUUAUUUAUUUUUUAUAUUGUGUAUUUUAUUUUCUGUAGGCUUCCUAGAGUCUUGUAGGUGAGAUGAGCGCUAUAUCAAUCAAUCAAUCAAUCAAUCAAAUUCUCAAAGACUCAUUCAUUAAUCUAGAAUUAAGCUCUAUACACCAAAAUGGCUCAUGAAGACAAUAAAAAUGUCAAAGGAUGGCUUGUAUGGCUUUCUUAUAGAUUAGACAUAUGACUAAACAAAUCUCAGCAUUUCUGUUCAGACAUUUUCUACCAGCUUAGUGGACCUUUACCUUCUUCUCAGGAAAUCAUUGCCAAAACCCGUCAGGUCUAGAGGAAGAGUUGUAUAGUGUAUAAAAGACAUACUUCUAUAUCUUAGUAUUUAACUUUUUCUGAAUUCACCAUUUUUCUGCCUCUCUUUCCAUUCCCCUCACCCUCCAUUAAUUUAAAUAGUAUUUAUGUACUGUA